AUGGAGUUUUGGAUUUGGAUUCUCUUGCUCUCAAGCAGCUCCAUUUCAAUUUCGGCAGAUAGUAUCUUUCGUAGGCAAGAGUGCGCUGUUCCUUGCGCCGGGGCCUGUGGACUGGUUGGCGACACUUGCUGCACUACUCCAUCUGGACGUCAAAAUCUCUGUGGUUAUGGAACCUCUUGUUGUUUUGAGGGAUGCUGCAACUAUGGAAGCACUUGUCAGCCAGAUGGGACCUGUCUUCCAGCGCCAGCAGAUCCAGGACCAGUGCCACCACGUCCUGGUAGUCCAGGUACCAGCCAACCAGGUACAGUGCCUGUCUUUACAAUAAUCACAAAUCCUGAUGGAACCGUUACAACAUCUGUCAUUGGUGUCCCGGGAGGUGCUCCCGGGGGUCCAGGGCCCGGAUUGUCGACCAUUACCAGCCCCCACGGAACUGUUGUGACAUCUACCUUCGGCGUUCCAGGCAGUGAGCCGGGCAGCCCAGGACCAGCUCUGACGACAGAUACGAAUCCUGAUAGAAGUACGGCCACCUCCACCGUGAGCAUUCCAGAUGGUGCGCCGGGAAUUCCAGGACCUAUCUUGACGACUAUUACAAACGUUGACGGGAGCGUCACAACAUCUACUGUUAUCCUUCCUGAUCAAAUGGUAGUCACUUCCUCCGCAGGACAGCUGUUCUGGGGCACAUUCGUCGUUCCAGUACCUGCUGACCUAUCCACGGCAUCUGUUGUUACCACGAAUGGAGAAACAUUCACAUUCAUGCCAGCAAGCACCAGAACAUUUCCCCCGCUACUAUCUACUACUAGCUCAACCACAAAAGAAGCCUUAGUUACAUAUACAAGCUGGCCAGAUAUCGUGAGGAUCUUGCCUAUCACUACGGAUGUGCCGAGUCCCAAGAACGAUGAUGGGAAACCUACUAACCCCUGCAAAACUUGGUUCUUCUUCGUCUGUAUCUCGUUCAAUUUGCCAAAAUUGAACAUUCAGGGAUGGGCAUUCCCGAAAUUACCAACAGAAGUCUACCCACCUGGACCGCCUCCAGGACUUAAGUUCCCUCCUGGCUUCAAGAUCGAAGGGAAACUCCCACCAUGGCCAAGACUCACAAUCGGUCCCGAUGGGGUUCCUAGUUAUUCGGAAGAGCCAACGUCCUGCGAAACCUCAUCGGCAACUUUGUUCAUCACGACUAGCUCAUUUGGCGUCAACGAUGCCAGAACCACAGCAACGCAGGUACUUUCCACAAGUAACGUUAUUGUGGGCUGCGACAUUACAGAUUCAACGUCGAUGACUACAACGACCUCGGCUUGCCCAGCCACGGCCACUGAUUGCGGGGGAUACCUACAGUGUUUCGAUGUGUCUAGUGACCCUGCACCCGAGAACUUUGAGAACGACAGCAGUCCUCUGGCUACAUCCGUUUUCAACUACGUGAACAGUAUUUGGUCUUUCCUGGAUGCAGAAGGAUUUACGACAAUGAGUACUGUCACCGUCAUUCCAUACGCUUUGCAAGGUACAGCUGAAACCACGUCGAACUCUUGCAUCACUCUCCGGCGCAAUGCCCCGUCGGGGGUUGAUUACAGCUACCAAUUCUUCGACGAUGGCGGGCGCAAUCCAAAUAAAUCUUGCUCAGCUAGCACGUUCAAUGAUCCAGCAUCGUUCAGAAUCCGUAAUGGCUUCUGUACGCUCCACACUGGUGAAGACUGUACUGGAGAUACCCAAGGCAUCGAUUCACAUAGGCGAACGGGGUGUACGGAUAUCAGCUCCGACAAGUUCUUGCCGAAGACAUGGGGCUCUAUGAGCUGUUUUGCCGUUCCCAACUAA